UUCUCUCACAAAAAGCAGACUCUUGUUGCUUUUAACCUGAUUAGUCAGAGAUUGUAUUGUGCGUUACUGUGAGAGCGUGGGCUCCAGAGACAAACAUUUGCCUUAUAGGCACUGGAGAUAUGAACACCAUCGACGCGCAGAUCCAUAACAAUCGUAACGCUGCUGUCAACCCUCUCCAGCAACUGCCAAAAAGCGCGCACGAGACACCGGAUAUGGCCGUGUAUUGUGACAACUUCAGUGUUUACCACCAACAGAGUCUACCUGCGGCGCAGAGACCAGCGGGCUACGGCCUGGGGGACUACGCGACCCCAAACCCAUACCUGUGGCUCAGUGGACCCAGUGUCAACUCGUCUUCGUCUUACAUACAUGGCAACAACAGCCCCUCAUUCAUCUCUCCGGCUUACAGCUCUCAGAGGCAAUAUCUAACCAACUCCUCCGGGUUUGCCGGUCCGGACCUGGGCUGGCUCUCUAUUGCGAGCCAAGAGGAACUUUUAAAACUCGUGCGCCCGCCUUACUCGUACUCAGCUCUGAUAGCCAUGCUAUCCGUAUUGUUUGAAGGAAAAGGAAACUACUGGACUCUAGACCCCAACUGUGAAAAGAUGUUUGACAACGGCAACUUUCGUAGAAAAAGGAAGCGCAGGUCUGAUUCCAGCACAGGUGUUGCCAACAACACAAAACCGGAGGAGGAUCGACAGCUCGCAGGGAUCAAACCCACCGACAGCCCUCACCUCACCGGACCCGCAUCUCCUGACACUGACGCGGCCAGUGACAGCCACAAGGGCGCGUCUCCGGCAGGCCUUGCGAGCGCUCCGUGCUUCAACAAUUUCUUCAACAGUAUGUCAGCCUUAAGCUCGUCCUCAGCUCCGACUAGCAGACAGGGCUCUCUGGGGCUUGUAAACGAACUUUCAAGCCGAAAUAUCAGCGCCUUGAGCCCGUACCACGCCAGCUCAGCACCUGACGCAGGUGGAGCGAGUGAGCUGCAGGACAGCGUGCACAUGAACCGUGGAAUGUACUAUAACUCUUUUACUGGCGGCCAGAGCGCGCAGUUCAACGGACACUUCUACAACAGCUUCAGUGUGAACAGUCUCAUUUACCCUCGAGACGGAACGGAGUUAUAAAUCUGUCGUGAAUACAUAUGACCCGUAUGUUUUCUAAUAAGAAAAAAAAAGAAUUAUUAUUUCAACACUGUGUAUGGGCUACUGAAAUGCGACAGGCCUUAUAAGCAACAUUCAAUUAAACGCGACAUUUACGCACUGA